UUAAUGAUGAUACUCUAAAAGAUUUUAACACAUGUGUACAUAUGAAGUUUUAAGCUUGACUAUUCAAAGAAUAUGUAGAGCUAUUGCACUCGCCCAUUCAUCAGAGCCCGUCCCUAGAUGUGAAUUUUGUGUUUGUUUAAUGUAGGCAUUUAACCUGUUCUGACCUCUUGUAACGUUAUUUUUGAAUGUCAUGGUAUACUUGAUGAGUAUUAGAAGUAAGACUUUGGUGCAAAAAUGUGUGAGAUUUAUUCAGGCAGAGAAAAGAAAAAUACUGCUUUGUAAGCCGUUGCUCGCUUGUUGUGCGUAAACGGUUUGCAACUGGGCUUUGAAGUAAAAAUUUUCUGAAAGAUUAUUCACUUGCCCAAAAGACAGCCAGUCAUUGAUAAGGAAAUAUUCAAAAACAAUUGCGGGCCUGGAAGCAAUGUACAUGUCAAAAUGCUGAUUUACACCUUGCUAAUGGCUCAUUGUCGAAGGGGGAAAAAUUGAAAAUGACAUUUUGGCAUUUUUUCUCAGAAAACAUUAUCAUUGUAAUAUAUUUAAGUGUAUAUAGCUCAUGGACCCAUACUGUAUCCCAGGGACGUCGUAUUUUAGUAACCACUUAUUGGUCAAUUGUGAUAUGAUAUAUGUAAUGGACAGGUCCUAUCAAUUUUGUUAUGGUCCUAUGCCCUUGGGCAAAGAGAUUGAACUGUCGGUCCGUCGUACAACACAGAUUUCCAUUUCACCUUCAGCCCACAUAAAUUACUUGAUUUGGUACUUACUCAGACACAACAAUCCUUCUAGCAAGACCUACAAACUGACCUUGACCUUUGUAUGACCAUCAUCUUCAAACUUAAAACCUCAAAAAACAGCAUUUUGGUUAACCAGAUUUUACUGUUUUGCCAAUAGCCCACAUUGAGGAUCAGCUCAGUAUUGUGUAUUCAUCACAAAACCUUAGGUGAAAAUAUUACUUAUCAUAAUACAGAAUCUUCAAAACCAAAGUAAAACUUGAUCAGUACAAUAUUUUGAAGGUCAUAUUGAGCAAAAAGAUCAAUUCUAGACGAGUUGUGAUGCUUUUAAAGAUUUAAUUAUUUCUAGAAGGUUAUUCCAUAAUUAUCUUUAUUAGUGUUAAUAGUAUCUUAUCUUUCAGUCUACGGGUUUAUUUCAUUUCUUUAGACCUGGGUCCCGUUUUAUCAUCGAGGUCGGUCGUAAGGCCGGUCGCAUCGUAAGACAGAUAUUUAAGAUUUUUUCUGCGACUACGGCCGAACCGUUUUAUGAACACGGUCGUACGUCUUCGGUCGCAGCUAAGACUGAUUUCCGUCGUACGAUCUUAAAACCGUGAUGCAGUCUGAAAUGUAAACAUCCGGGUCACCUGACUUAUGUCAAAAUCGUCGGUUUCUAAUGAAAACAAGAUGUCCGCUACAUGUACUACAAAAGUAAAAGCCACCAGAAAAAGUAACUGGCAAGUGAAUGAAGUCAACGUCCUCGUCAACGCGUGCACAGAUAACGUGUCUAAUAUUUAUGGUAGGCACGGAGACACCAGUGAGAAGGAAAAGGGGGAUUUCUGGAGGGAUACUUGUGAAAGGUUUAUUUUUUAUUUCGUAUUUCCGUGUGGAAAUAUCUAUAUAUAUAUAUUUAGCUAAAGUACUGUGAAUGAUCCUGUUGUUGACAAAGACAUUCGUUUGCUGAAAAAAAUGUUUUGAAAAUAACGCCAUAUAGUAUGGAAACAAUUAUAAUAGUCCAAAUAAUAGGACGUUUUGGGACCGCGUGCUAACUUUUGACUGUCGCCGUCCCUUCACGUCUUAGAGGGAUGACAACUAAAAAUAUAAGGUCCUAAAAUAAGUCAUCCUGAUAAGCCAAAUGAGUAAGCUACAAUUAUAAGGGAUUAGAGUUGUGCAAAUAACUUCUUAAUACGACGCAAACUUAGGCUUAGCUAGUUUCGGAUGGCCAAUCUUGGGUUUGUGUCGACACUCGCCCAAUGAAACAGCCAGCCGGUUUCUCGUUGAACCAAAUAAGUAUAAACCACAUAUGUAUAUAUUUUUCAUUCCUUUAAACUAUUAUGGUUUGCCACAACAUGCAAAGAAUUUAAAAACAAGAAAUAGCUGCCUGCAAGUGCUAAUCUUCAAAAGACGAAGGUUCUGAAUUACGAGAAGAGGCAUACUGAUUUCUUCAUUUGCAAAUGCUGUAAUUUUGUGUUUUGUGGACACAAACACAGUGUUCAGAUAGAUCUACAAAUGACUGAUGAAUUAUAGAAUUAUGUAAUCAUUUAUAAUCAAAACAAACUUGAAAGUGUCAUGUAUAAUAAAUACAAGACAAGACAAGAUAGGUUUUAUUUUAAGUUGGCAAGACAUAUAUAAGAUCUAACAAAACAACAUAAGCUCUGACUGAGUUUUUAACUGACUACGCUGACUUUUGUUUUUUACAAACCAAUAGAGUUUUUUUACAGGGUCAGAUUUAUAAGUAAAUAAAUACUAAGUUAUUUUACACAUUUGACCUUCAGUUUGUACCUAAUGCACUCAUUUAAUAUUUUCUUCCAGAAUUAACAGUAUUGGAGGGUCAGACAGGUCGGUGGAGGAGGUGACGAAGAAAUGGAAGGAUUUAAAGAGUCAGACAAAAAAGAAGGAGCAGAUCAGGAGGAAGGAAAUGGGGACGACAGGUGGAGGUGGGGCAGUGAAUUCACUGAGAGAUUGGGAAGAGAAGAUAAUAUCAAUAAUACCAUCUGCCGUAAUAGAAGGAAUCAAUGAUGGACAGGACAUAUUCAAAAAGAAUGCUGGAGGUGCCAAGGAAACACACGUGCAACCAAGUACGAGUGAGACCAUUGUGCAGGUGGAGGGGGAGGAGACAGUGGUAAUACACCCAAGUACUAUUCAUGUACAGGUUGAAAGCAGAAAAGAAGUUGUAGAUGAAGGGAGAGAGAGCAAGAACAGCGAGAGAUCAUUGACCGAGUAAAAAGAGGCUCAGUUAAACUUCUAUGAAGAAAACACUGCACUCUGCAGAAGUCAGAGGAAGGUUGCAGAGCAGCAAGUGGAAACCCUUGCUGUGCAAGAGGAGUUUUUUAAGUUGGCAACCAAGACACUGGCAAAAAAGAAUGAUUUGUCCGGCAUCCUGGAUCUUUUUACAGAACAAUAAAAGAGGACAGCAUAUAAUGGAGGAUGAAAUUUUAUGUACAAAGUUGAAAACUGAGAUAUUAUAAAGUAAUUCUUG